AAACAAAACUAAUUUGUCAACAAAUUUAUCUCUUCUCAAAGUUUGAUGGUGUUUUCGACGGUUUGGAUGCUAAAGUUGCAAAUUUAAAAUCAAGUAGAAUUUUAAUUGUAAAUGCAGUGAAACAUGACUGGAAAUUGUGAUAAAAAUCCCAGCAGCUUACCCGACACGAAGCCCGACCAACAGCAGCUCGACACUCCCCAGAGGCCCCAAACCCUGCUCAAGUACUGCCGCAACAAUCCGAACUUCCUGCGCGACCCCGCCUCCUUCCCGCAAACGUUAAAGCUCAUCGGCGGCGAGCUCGCGUCCGAUGGCAACCCCCCAAAGUCCGGCGAGGAAGUGCUCGCGUUGCUCGAAUCGUGGAAGCAACACGUCGCCCAGACGGAACCGGCCGCUCUCCAACGGCCAUCGGACCGCGAGCUCAAGCGGCUGCUAGAUGCGCUCGAAAGCCGCCUCACGUUCACCCAGAUUACGCUGAUUCUGCAGCACUUGGAGGUGGUGGGAAGUGGGAGCGAAACGCUGUGGCCAACGAUUGCGGUCGAGAUGAGGGCGCUCAAGUUUCCAGCGCGGCCGGAGGUGUACUGGCGGUGGGGGUUUGACGAGUGGGGGCAGCAGGCGAAGCGGGUGCUGCGGGAAGAUCCGGACGGGUUGAGCGCGCUGCAGCAGAGGUACGUCGACUUCUUGCAGGAGCGGGGCGAGGUGGAUGGUGGUGGAGAAGGUUCGUGCGGGGUGGACGCUUUAGAGCUGGUCAUCAAUCACUGUCGGGCGUGUUUGGAGGUGCUGAAGGUGGGGGGUUCCAAGGUUUAUCUGUUUGAGGCGCUCGGCGUGGGGACCACGCUGGCGGACAAGAUCAACGUUUGCUUCGGCAGUGGAAUCAACGUGGAGGAGCGACUUCCGAAGUACGUGUGUGGGCGGUGCGUGGAGCAGGUUGAAGCGGCUUACGCGCUCAAGAUGCAGAUUGACCGGACGGACGAGGAGCUGCGAAGUUUGCUGGCGGAGUACAGCAAACCGGUGGUGGAAGAGGCCAUCGAGGUUCAGGCGGAGGAAGUGCCGGUCGAUUCGACGGAGAGCGCUCAAGGGACGGCUGAGGAGGAGAACUUUGAGGACGAUGCCGGGAUGGAUGUGCAGGACGCUUCGAUGGUGGAAGAGGAAAUACGGACCAAAGUGGAACCUGAGGUGCAACUAGAGCAGGAGGAUAUGAUUGAGGAGGAGGAGGAGGACAUGGAGCACGAAUAUGUAGUCGUCGAAACUGAAGAAACGGGUUACGAACUUAGUGAGGAGCAUGCGAGAUUUAGCAUUCGUAUUAUGGACGACGACAACGAAGCGACCACCGCCGAUGCCACCGACAAUAAGAAGGAACCCGUCAAACCGGCGGCAGAAACGACAACGGAAGGCAAGAGCUUUUACCAGUGCGACAAGUGUCGCGUCGUACUUCGUACGUACGAGCUGCUUAAGCGGCAUGAAAAAGCUCGCCACAACGAUGAAGAGGAACGCCACUUUGCGUGCUCGCACUGUACGAAAAAGUUCCGGUCGGCUUCCACGCUGAAGGUUCACCAACGGAUUCACACCAACGAGCGGCCUUACGUCUGCGAUGUCUGCGGCAAAGCGUUCCGCACGAUGAGCCAAAUCCAGGCCCACGGCUAUGUGCAUGACCCGCAGGGCCAUCCCAUCGCAUGCGAGCACUGCCCGUACCGGACGACCACCAAAUCAUCCCUAGCCAUCCACCUCAAGUCGCACCAACCACAGGCCAGGCCGUACGUGUGCCGUCAGUGCGGCAAAGGGUUCACCAUCUCCAGCAACAUGCACAAACACGUCCGGAACAUGCACGAAAAGCGAAAACCAUUUAAAUGCGACCAGUGCGACAAGACGUUCACCACGAAGGAAACGGCCCAGAAGCACCUGGUGACGCACACCGGCAGCAAGCCGUUCCACUGUCCGGAGUGUAACGUGGCGUACGGCUGGUACAACGGGCUGCAGAAGCACCUCAAGUCGGUCCACCCGGGUGCGCCCAUUCCGACGGAAAAGUCCAUGAUGGGGCGCGUGCAGGAGCAUUUGAAGCGGGAGGCGGCCAAGGCGGUGACGAAGGAUGGCGAUGGAGGAGCGGAGAAAUAAAUAGGUAUUUUUUUGUGUUGAAA